GAUCAUGGGGCCGCCGCCGCCGGCUGGGGCCGUGCUUGAAGCCGGCUCGGGGCUUUGCCCGCUGCCUGUCAACGGGGUCGCAGCGCUGGAGGUGUUGCCGCGGGAUUUGUUGCCCAUGUGGGCCCAGCAUGCGGGAUCCGAGCCAUGGGCUUGGAGCUGCAGCGAUAGCCUGCCGUCUAUCACGCGUGCCGACGAUGCAAGCAAGGCCAUGGCGGGCCUCGGCUGGUGCAAGUUCCACCCGCUUUGGAUUUUCGAUUUGCAAUUGGGGACGCAGCAGCGCUUUGUGGACUUCCUCAACCACUUCGAUGCCCGGCUGGAGGAGACUUUCGGCAUGGCAGACAUGCUAGUCAACAGCGUCGUGUCCUUGGGGGAAUCUGGCGGGGGCGUCAGGCGCGCCCGUGCGGCGCUUCUUGGCGGGAGCGGCUUGCAGUCCCGCGGGCGCGCGGGCCGGGCGCCCAACAUGUUGCAGCGGCGCGCGCGGGCCAAAGGCAUGUCGGCAGACGCGGCAUUGAUCGUCAUCCGCAGGUUUUAUGAGGAGGUGAACCACGAGCUGCAGGCGGGGCGCGCGGAGGGCUUUCCCAUGUGCGUGCUGCGGGCUUUGUGCGCGAUCCACGCGGCCAUUGUCGGCAGGCCUUGCGUCGCCACUCGCAACGUCGUAGACGACGUCGCCAUCCAGGGCGUCGGGGCGCAGGAGAAGGUGGCGGAGCAGCUUGGCAGCGCAACCGCCGACGUCAUCGCCAGCCUCUCGGCGCUGCAGCUGCCAGUGCACGAGGAAAAGCUCGCGUACUUCCUCUCGGACGCGGGGGUCGAG